AUGGCAGAGCAGGCACCUGUGCUCUGGUGUAGCCAGUGUAAGAAGCCUUUUUCGAAGCAGUCAACAUUAAAACGUCAUGGGUACUACUGUCGGUCCAACAAGAAAGAACCAGUACAGAGACGAAGAUCAUGCACAACUUGCGCAAAAACCAAGACCAGCUGUGACAACGCACUGCCAGCAUGCUCGCGCUGUCUCCGGAAAGACAUCACGUGCAAGUACCCUUCAUGGUCUGCAGUGAAAAGACGCAACCCUGUAAAAACACGGCAUGACAUACCCGACCUGCAUGGUUUAGAUCAAGAUCCUACAAACACCAUAGUAUCAGCAGUACCCGAACAGAUUCACGAUAUUCGAGAGCUGAUACCGGCCCGUGAAAACUCCAUGCUGUCCGCUGAUAUACAGUGGAACCUCCACGACACUGCGACCUUUGACGACUUCAUACGUUCUACACAUGACUUGAAUCUUUUUACAACAACACCAUCUCAUUCGCUAGCUUCAGCUGGCCAGACCCCCGUUUCGCCGUCUUUGUUGCUUCCGGAAACAGCAGAUGUAGCAUUUCAAGAGCAACCUCAACCCGCUUCUCAGCGGCAGCGACAGGAUCACGCUUCAUGGCUGGUGAGCUCUUCCAUCCCACCAAUUCCUAACCAGAAUGUACGAUCAAUGAUGCAACGACCAAAUAUGCGCCCCGGAGCGGACAGAACUGCCAAUCUGUUAUUCUACACUCUUAAAUCUUACCCGCUAAUGCUGCGUCAAAGCACUCUUCCCCCAUUCAUUCACCCGAGCUGCGUUUCAUUCACAGAUGAAGGUACAACAAACGAGCCACUUGAAAACUGCAUUGCCCUAAUACACAUGAUUGCGAAUGGAAUACAAGGAAGCCGAAGGCUUUUCUGGCGCAACGUAAAGCAAGAGUGUGAACGCAUGUGUCAGAACCAGACUCUCGGUAAAUGGGAAUUGCUUGGUGCUAUGCAAGCUCUCUCAGUCUAUGUGUUGAUCCGUCUGGACGAGGGCGAGACUGAGCAUAACAAUGUGGACCAUCUCCUGGAGAAGGCGGUCAUUCUCAUCGCAAUACAACUGUCUCAUGACGACUUUGACUGCCAUGCAAAUUACCUAUCGUGUCGCAACACGUCUGAAAGCAGCUGGCAAGACUGGGUCUAUAAAGAGUCCCGGCGGAGACUUGCAGUUAUCUAUCGCGUCCUGAACAAACUCAUCUUCUUUGAACCAGCAGCUAUGUGCAAUAUGCCUGCGGAAUUUGUGAUUGCACCUUUGCCCGCGAAACGGCAACUCUGGGAGGCAAAAAAUGCACAAGACUGGAAAUCACAGAGCCAAACAGAGCCACAGGGACAAAUUUCGUACGCGUUGGCCGUCGACGGCGAGAUCAUCAAGUUAGAUCAAGGAAGGCUAUCCUGCCGCGACGCGUGGCUACCAUAUGCUCCGUCAGAUAAAGAACCUGCUUCUCAGAUUCACAACAACAGAAGUAGUCACUGCUCAAACUGGUGGGCAGAGUGGUGUUCUGGUAUGGACGGUAUGGGCGGGUUGGUCAUGCUUGUGGCGUCCCUGGCAUAG